GAAAUAUUAACCGUGUAGCUGAGGAAAUUCCCGGCGGUGUUUGAAUAUCAUGACAAAUGCGAGGCGAGUCGCUCUGCUUCAAUGGGGCGCUAUACUGGAUUGUGUUUGUGUAGGGUUGGGAUUUCACCUUAAAUAUUCAAAAUGGCGGACGGAGGAGCAGCGAGUCAAGAUGAGAGUUCAGGACCAGAUUCUAGAAUGAGUAAUCCGUCAGAAACAAACAAAUGUGCAAUGGAGAGUGGGGACGGAAACACAGGUGCCCAAACAAACGGACUGGACUUUCAGAGGCAGACGGUGCAAACAACAAAUGCAAUCACCAAUGCACAAGCACAAGCCUUGCUCCAACAGUUGACUCUGACUCCAGCGCAACAGCAGUUGUUGCUACAGCAGGCUCAGGCGCAGCUUUUGGCUGCAGCUGUGCAGCAGCACUCAGCCAGCCAGCAGAGCAGCACCACAGGAGCGAGCAUCUCUGCCUCCGCUGCAACGCCGAUCACACAGAUCCCGCUUUCUCAGCCCAUUCAGAUCACACCUUUGCAGCAGCUGCAGCAGCAGCAGAACCUCAACUUGCAGCAGUUUGUGCUGGUCCAGCCAGGUCAUCCAAUUGCCGCCCAGCUGCAGCCAGCGCAGUUCAUCAUCUCACAGACGCCGCAGGGCCAGCAGAGCCUCUUGCAAGCCCAGAAUCUUCUAACUCAACUACCUCAAAGUCAAGCCAACCUCCUGCAGAGUCAGCCAAGCAUCACUCUUGCCACACAGCCAGCAACACCGACCCGCACGAUAGCAGCUACCCCCAUCCAGUCCCUCCCUCACAACCAGACGACACCAAAGCGCAUGGAAACGCCCAGUCUGGAGGAACCCAGUGAUCUGGAGGAACUGGAGCAGUUCGCCAAGACCUUCAAACAGAGGAGGAUCAAACUGGGCUUCACUCAGGGGGAUGUCGGCCUUGCUAUGGGAAAGCUAUAUGGAAAUGACUUCAGCCAAACCACCAUUUCUCGCUUCGAGGCCUUGAACCUGAGCUUUAAAAACAUGUGCAAGCUGAAGCCUCUGUUGGAGAAGUGGCUAAAUGAUGCAGUGUGUGCAGAGAACCAGACGUCGGACCAGGGCCUGUCCAGCCCUAGCUCUAUUGGCUCCCCUGGGCUGGGCAUGGAGGGCCUCAACCGCCGUCGGAAGAAGAGGACCAGCAUCGAGACCAACAUCAGAGUGGCCUUAGAAAAGAGCUUUCUAGAGCAGAACCAAAAACCUACCUCUGAGGAGAUCACCAUGAUUGCUGACCAGCUGAACAUGGAGAAGGAGGUGAUCCGUGUGUGGUUCUGCAACCGCCGGCAGAAGGAGAAGAGGAUCAACCCGCCCAGCAGUGGCAGUGCUGCCAGCACCCCCAUUAAAGCAAUCUUCUCCCCCUCCACACCCCUGGUGCCUAGCACAGCCAGUCUUGUGACCAGUAGCACCUCGACUACACUGACUGUAAAUCCUAUUCUGCCUCUCACCAGCACGAGCAUCUCCAGCAUUGGACUCACUGGCACCACUGUGGGCUCGGCAACUACUAAGGCUGCAUCCGCCAUCUCCACGGUGCCUGCUGUGACCACGGCAACCUCGUCGCCCUCACUCAGCCCCUCCACCAGUGUGCCACAGGCCUUGUCGGCUGAGUCGGUGGUGACUCAGGAGGCAGCAAGCACCGUUACCCAGGCACCCACCACGCCGGUGAACACACUGGGCACAGGCCAGGUAAUGGUGGCCGCGUCUAGCCUGUCUGCCGCACUGCAGGGAGCUGCACAGCUGCCGACCAGCGCUAGCAUUGCAGCCAUGGCUGCAGCCGCAGGCCUCAACCCAGGCCUCAUGGCAUCUUCACAAUUCACUCCUGGUGGGGCUCUGCUGAGUCUGGCUCCUGGUGCUCUGGGCAGUGCAUUGAGUCCAGCACUGAUGAGCAACAGUACUCUGGCUACUAUCCAAGGUGUGUGGAAUGCUCUGGCUUCAAGCGGGACUCUGCCCAUCACCUCUCUGGAUGGCAGUGGGAACUUGCUUUUUGCCAACGCCAAUGCUGGCAGCACCCCGAACCUGGUGACGGCGCCACUCUUCCUAAACCCGCAAAAUCUGUCACUGCUCACCAGCAAUCCGGUGAGCCUGGUGUCUGCUGGAGGAGCUGCAGGGGCUGCUGGGGCCCUCAAUCUGCAUGUUGCUGCAGACCACAAUGCUGUUACCACGGCAACAGUGCCCGCCUCCACCAUCAGCACCGCCUCCAAGGCCCAGUGAAAGCCCCACCCACCUUGGUUCUCCUCCUUCUCCUUCUCCUUCUCAUCAAUCAUUAUUUAAUCCCUUUGCUACCACCAAAAAGAAACUUACUAAAAUGAAGUUUUAUAUUAUGUUAAUAUUUUUGUUUCUUUUUCAUACCUUCAUCUUUUAUUUUAGAUGUUCUUUAUUUGAACUUGUUGCCUGCUUUGAUUUUUCAGCAACAAACUUCUUGAAUGUUGGCGUUACAAGGGAGCCUAGCGUUAAGAUGGCCAAAACUGAACUGUCUCUGGGCUGCACGCUUGCUCAAUUUGUAAUGCAAAGACGUUUUUAUUUGAGUGAUUUUAACUCACUCAGCGUUUUGCAUUUAUAUCUUGUUAUUUGAUCCUAAAACACUCCUAACCAAAAACACAUUACUUUAUUGUUUAUUUUUUAACUGUCGAGUUACACCUUAUUGAUAGCAUUAUUAGCAUUUACUGUGAUCGUCAUUACUGAGGAACUUUUAAGACACCUUUUCAUUUCAACUGUUUUUGUCAGAGGUGCUGCUUUGCAGGCCUUUGGAACCUUCAUAUCAAAACUUUUUUUUUCCCCUUUGGCUUAUGGUUUCUUUUAUCUGAUGCAGCUUUCGUCCUAUAUAAUUCUCACAUGUGGUUACAAGGCUUUAAAGGAGUAAUAAGUGGCUGUGAUACGGUUUCAUUGCUUUAAGGAAUCGUUUGUAUAGUCGCGGUCUCGAAACACUGAUUUAACAGAGGAAAUUCUCAAUACUUGGUAGCAAAGGUUUUUAAACGCUUUUCAGUCUGGGUCUGAAGUGUGGACCCUGAGAUGGGCUUAUUUACAUAGGAUAAAUAGCUUUAAAGGAUUGCAUGAGCAGUCAAAGGUGACAGGUCUUGGGCUGCAAUAACUGGGCAGUGUAGACCUCAGUCACUUGUAAAGAAUGUGGAGAUGGUGCACUGAGAGCUCCUGAAACUGUUAUGCUACUGCUUAGUGGCAUGACCAUUUGAUGCCUAGACUGUGACCUGUAUUUGUCCCAAAGUCUGUCAGCCUCUUAAGGUCUUCCCAUCACAGGGUGUGCUGUCUGUGUAGUGUCAUGGUGGGGUUAUAGGAGUUUGCUUUUUGUGUGUGUUUUCAUGGUUUAGGUCAUAUAGGAUGAUGCCACCAAAUGUCUGGUGGCAACUGUAACAUUUCAAGAAGCAACUUGGCCCAGGGGAGGAAGGCCUGGGUGUCCUCUGUCCAGGAGGGUUUUAAGGUGUUUGUUUUUCUACUUGUGCACAGUACCUGUACCAAAAAAAAAAAAAACUGGAUUUGAGAACUGUGGUCUGCCUGGUGUUUAGGGGGAAAAUGUCAUGUUCUGAGUAAGAGGUCUUUUUUUUAUUUUUAAGGUCUUUGGCUGGCCUCUCUUUAUGAUAUACCAAAAAUAUUUGUUAAAACAUGUUGCUGUAUAUUACCAUUGUAGCGUAGGGUAAGUUUAAAUAUUUAUAAGUCGAAGCUCUUGGUAAACCACAGGAAAUAUUAUAAUGCAAUAUUUUGAAGAUCAUUUCCAAAGACAAAACUAUUUUUUAUUUUGGUUGAGAUGGCUUCCCCCUGCUCUGCUCUGUUUGUUUGUGCAGCUAACCAAAUAACCUGAGUGGAUGGGGAGGGAGGUGGUUUGAAAAGGGAGGAGGUGGUCAGGACCAUGCACUGCAGCAAAAACACCCCAAAGUAACCUGACCUCCUCCAGGUCAUUGCUGAGAAGUCUUUGUGAGUGAGAGGUGAGAGGGGGUAGGGCUGAAGCAGAUGCCCUCUCUCUCUCUCCCCCUAAUAAAGUUAAUAUAUUUCAAAGAUGUGCGGUGUGCGGACGGAAACAAGGUGCUUUUUUCUUACAGGUUCUUGUUUUCUGCAUGCUUCUAAGAUGCCAGAGUGUUUUGUUUCUUAAUAGACUGAAAUAUCCACUAUCUAGGCAGGUUUGGGUCAAUAUUUAAGAGUUUUAGCAGACUGAUCUGUUAUUCUCCCCUUACCAAUAUAAUUCAGCCAUGAUGUAAAGCUUGAACCAAAGUCGUUUUCUUGCUAGCUGCUGUGCCUGUGGGGAUCAGCGAAAUGCUGGCCACACUAUCACCACUCUACACUACUGACAAGCUUCCUCAUGUCUUACUUCUGUUCUUUACCAAACUCCUACAACUCAUAAUGAACAUAUUGAAAUGAGUUGUGUUUAGCUUUAAAGUAUAAUACAGCUUGGGCCAUGCUUACAUCUUGUUUUUUUCCCCCAAGGUAUUUAAUGUUCAAUACCAUAGGUAAUGGCCUCUAAGUGCCAAGUAUACCUCCAGUUGUACUUCUUACAGUGCUCUACAUUUGAUGCAGUCAUCAACUUGUAGUCCUAGAGGCACCUAGAUCAGAUCUCAUCCUCAGUUCCUCCACUGGAAUUCACUUGUGGCAUUAGCUUUUACACUCUUGCCAUUGUAGUUUAUAAGACUGUGUGGACUGUGGAAAAAUCCCAAACCACUCCUUUUUUUGACUGUCCUCUAAGCCUGGCACAGCACUGGUACACACAAACACACAAGGCUUUAACGGUACAUAGUGUGGUAUACUAAAACCACUUUCUGCAUGGAUGGAGUUAAUAUGCAGUCAGGAUUCAGCUAUUGUUUUAAUUUUUAAUUUAUUUUUUAAAGUAGACUGUUUUUGGUUUAGCCUGGAUUCUGGUCUUUCAGCUCCUUAAUCAUACAUGCUUUACCAAAAAAAACGUCUAAUUAGAGAGUGCAUGCUCUGUCAGCCAGACAUCAAGUCACAUAUAAAUUAACUAUAAAAACAUACCAUGUAGCUCUGAAGCUCUCUGGCAUUUUGAAAUUUCAUCCUGGCUCCUUUUUUUUUUUUUUUUUUUCUUCAAACUUAGCCCCAUCCAUAUGGGCCUGAGGCUUAUUGUGAUACUUUUCCUGUUACCUUGUCUGCUGGUUUCUAUCCAAUUCAGCCUUGCUUGUACUUUUUAAAAUUCUUUUUAUUUGAAUUACCUCAUCAGCACUUAAAUGGAAGGUUCGCUUUAAGCAAAAUGGCACCAACAGACAAGAACUUUUAAUGUUUGAAUUAUCCUUUUAAAAUUUUCAAUACUGCAUAAAAAGAAAUCAUCAAUGAACAGAUUAAAAAAAAAACAAUGUUAAGUCUAACUACUACUGCUGUUUCAAGUACUACUACUUAUAGGGUACCUCCAGUUUUAUUAUUUUAUUGUCCUACUUGCCAAAGUGAAAAAGCCUGUGUCUUUGUGGCUUGUUGCUGCUCACUCCGCUGGUUCUGUCCUGAGGCUGCCACAUGGCCUUACGGGACUUGUAGUUUUAUGUAUUGCCGUUGUUUUAGUGCAGUGGUGUGGUGUCGGGACGCAUGGGUAGUUACUGAAAUAUUUAUCUGAGGAACGACUUAAAUAAUUAGAGAAAGAACUGUUUCCCUAAAUUCUAUAUAUAGAUAUAUAAAUAUACAUAUGUAAUGUACUCAUAUUUUAUAAUUCAACUAUUAUAAAGAUUGAAUGUAGUGUUUUUGUCAUGCUUAUUCACAAAAAAAAAACAACCAACCAAAAAAAAAACCAAAAAAAAACAAAUAAUACUAAUUUCGUUAGUUUUUAUGAUAGCAAUUGAACUGAAACUGAAAACCCUCAAGACCAAAAAUUUAACACCACACCCUUUGGAUGUGGAACUAGCUGUCAUUUACACCCUCCACAAUUAAAUAUAGUUUGUUGAAUGAGGGGGCUUGCCAUGGUGCUCCUAGCUUUUACUGUUGCCUGGGAAAUGGACCCAAAAAGCACCUGAUCUUAACUUUUUUUUUAUUGACUUCAUUUGCCGUGUUGUUUUUAACAAUCAUUUCAACUUAUUUACUUUAUUUUAUAUAUUUUUUUUUGUAUAGCAUGAGGGAGCAACAUCACUGGCUUUCUUAGUUUAACAAAAUUAACUUAUCCUUAUCAUUUAUGCCUUACUAUUAUUUUAGAAGAUUGAUGCUUUGUAGCAAACUAUAGUAUGUUGGUUGGUGAGUGCAUAUUUUUGUGUGUGUGUGUUUGGAUGAGUGAAAGGAUGCAUUCCCGCAUGUUUUUAUGUCUACAUCACAUAUUGAUCGCUGAAAUAACGCUGUGAGUAUCGGACAUUUUUUUUGUUUUUGAUGUUUGAACAUACAAAAUGUUGCUACCUGUUAUUUUGGUGUGACUUAUGCAGGUUAGAAACCUGUUGCAAAAAGCUUUACUAAUAACCCAACUCCAGCUGUUGUGUAGGUGAACGGGGUUGUCUUAGUUCUUGGUAGCUGUGCAUUUGCUUUCAGAGGUCAUCCUGCAGGGAAGAUAUUUCUCUGAAUUUGAUUAAACUGAUUGGAAGUAAGACUUCUAACUAAUGAUCAGUUGGGAAACUAAUAAGAAAUAUUACCAACCUUGAUGUCCAAAAUUUCUGAAAGCAUUUCUGACUGAUUGAGGCAAUGGUGACCACUUGGCUUUAUGCUUUUAACCUGUGAUUGGAUUGAGUGGUGUUCCAGAGCCAGAUACGACUGAUGAGGCUUUGCAUUUCUGCAGCAGAUCUGGUGUAGUGUUAACUGUAGAUAAGUGCUCUGAUGAGUGGUUGCAUUAGAGAUUUUGGUUUUUGGAAUGGCUGUAGUCAUAUAGUUUCUGGCCUGUAGGUUGCUGCAGGAGGCCUUCAGUCCAUUGCUGGAAAAGGAUAAACAUGGAAGCAGUCAUGGACCCAAUGGCUGAGUUUGCUGGAAUGGGUAAAGGAGCUGUUGUAUACCUCAUUUGUAACUCGAGACAGAGUAAAAACUUGCUUUAAUCUAUUUUGAAAAACAAACAAGCAAAGUAAACAAAAGCUAUUAAAAAAAAAUCCCUGUCCUGAAAGAGGAGCCUGCAGAUGUCUAUUUAGCGUAUAGGGUGAGGGUCCAGCAGCUGCUACGGAGACACACUACACACAUAUACACUUAUUAAUGUCAAACUUGUAGAGUAUGACUCUCGGGUUGAUUUGUUUUUUAUGUUUUACCCUUACAUGUAGUGAAUGCAUAUUAUAGCCAUAUUUAUUUUGCACCUUUGUCUUUGUAGUUAACUUUGUAGUUUAUUUUUAUGAUUUGACAAUCGUCUCCUUAAUGUCCUUCAUUUGUAUGAAUGUAACUGCAGGGCUUAUUUGGUGUGUAAUGUGUGUGUGUGUGUGUGUGUGUGUGUGUGACCUCUUCGUGGCCCUCACAGUCCUCAGCCCUCAUCCUCUCCUGUGGUAACCAAAGACUUACAAAGUGAUUGUAUGGACUCAGCUGUCUCUCCUUCUUACCCUCCCUUCAUGGAUCUGAGGUCAUAAGAAGAUGAUAAAGACAGAGGGCAGGCUUCUCCAAGGGACUUGUAAAAUUAACCCCUCUUUGACUGGGUGAUGUUAGUUAGUACACACUGAAGGACAUCCUGUGCACACUGCAACCUGCUCAGGAUGAACUGUCUGCUCUCUGGAUUCAAUGCCUUUGUCUUUAUAGUUGUAACCAAGCAAAUCUGUUUCUAUGAGUGUCUCUAACCAAAAACACAUCUGACCUCUCCAAGGUUACUUGUUCUGUACUGAUGUCUCAUUAUUUCAGUGUGCUGUUUUAACUUAUCUUUUACGAUUUGUCUCUGCUCUUUCUGCCACCUUGAUUUCCCUGUGCAACUAUGCAUUGUUGUCCUGUUUGCCGCUGGGGCUGUGUCUCUGCAACACUGCUCUUAACCAAAUGGGUCUUCGACUCUUCACUCAGCAGCUUUAUAUGGAGUGUAAGGUCGACAGACGCUACAAGCUCUAUCCCAAAGCAAAAAUCCAAAUAUGAAAUGUUUGACACAUGCAGAUACCAAAGAUGACACUGUCUUUUGUCCUGUUUCUCUCUUCCUCUCUAAGCCCUUCAGCGUGUGUAUUAAGGAACAGAACCCAGCUCUGACAUUAGUCUUAACCUCAGUAAUUCCAAAGCUUAGAUGUAUAUUUUGGUAUUUUUCUGAAAUACUUAAGGAAAAAAAAAAAGCAAAAACAAACGUGGCAUUUUAAAAUUCUGAUUUGUUGGAUGUAUUGCUCUUUUUCUGUCACAGCAUGGAGUUAACUGAAGAACUGUCUUACUAUUAGUAGGUUAAACAAAUAGUAUUUUUAUACAUUUUGGGUGUGUCUGUGUAUGUGAUUAUCAGUUUCACUGCCCAAGUUACCAUUGUUUUUUCUUUUUAACAAAUGAGGAAAAAAAAUAGGAAAAUGUACAUAGUGCUUCAGUCGAGGACUGUAAAUGGUCAUUCUCAUUUCCUACAGCUAAAGCUUUUUUCACCAAUGUCAUAAAGUAGAUUGUAUUUCUGUGUGUCUUAUCUGAACUCUAAGCCACUGUUGUAAUAGUGAGGCUCAUUUCUUGUAUCCUGAGUAUCACUAUGGAGCAGGGCUUCAAUGCCUCUCACUCUGAACACAAGCUUUUGACUGGACUUUGCAUUGGCUACAUCAUGGUAGCUUAGAACUGACCGAUUGUGUAGAAAUAUAAGUAUGUGAAUCAGGAUACAUGGUAGAUUAGAUACAUUUUGUCUGCUGUAUUUUUUUUAAUAUAUAAAGAUAAUCUUUACUGUAACUGUACAGAUCUCUUUUGUUGUAAACAUCAUUAAACCAUUUUCCAAGUG